AUGGAUCCGGUACCAUUGGGCCAGCAGCAAUUGCCGCCACAGCCGGAUGAGUACCCCCGCAGCGGGACGAAAGGCGGGCAAUUCAUGGCCUGGUACUGCCAGAUCAUGCAUGUGAACCAGCAGGAAGUCACGGCCAAGCGCGUCAUCAUCGGGUGGCAGGUGAAGACGUGCUGCGGCGAGAGUCCGUCCGGGCCGGUGGAGGGCGCUCUUCCCAACGAGGACGGCUUGCAUCCGGUGCUGGCCGCGCGGCUUGGCGUGACGCCCACCGAGUGGGCCGACUGGAUGGCGGUGUGGAAUAAAAAAGUCGUCCCGCAUGCCGACGAGAGCUGCGCGGUGAUGCUGAUGCUGACUGGCUUCCUCUGCGUCAUUCCCGGGCUCGUGAUGCUCAUGGCGCCGACGCACAAAUGCCAGUGCACUACCGCUGGCAAGGUGCACCGGGGCGUGAUUGAGUUCUUGGACACCAUCAACCAGGCCAUUGGCCCGCGCGGCGGCCACGCCCGGUUCCAGCGCCUCCGCGGCGAGGGCAAGGAUGCACAGGAUUUCAACGUGCUGGUCUUUGCCCUCACGCCCGACGAGUCGCGCGUCCUGUCGGCCGAGCCGAUGAUGAAGCGCGCAGGCUGUGGCUGCUGCACAGGAGGCGACCAGGUCUACUGA